CCUGGCUGAAGAACACAGACCAGCUUCACCUACCUGUAGCGAGAUUUCAGAGAAAAGUUACAGAUCCAAGGAAGAACCAGAGAACUUCAGGAAUAAUCAAACGCGCCGGUCUGAAGAACACAGACCACAUUCACCUAGUGAUGUUUCUGAGAUAAGUUACAGGUCCAAGGAAGAACCAGAGGACUUCAGGAGUAAUCCAACGAGCCUGGAUGAAGUACAGAGACCAGCUUCACCUACCUGUAGCGAUGUUUCUGAGGAAAGUGACACAUCCAAGGAAGAACCAGAUAACUUAAGGAAUAAUCAAUCGAGCCAAUCUAACAAUCAGACUCCCCGAACUGACCAGACACCAACAAAUCCAAAGACGGAGGAGAAAACUUCACCUAGUAAAGACUCUGAUGCCAAACAGAGACUUCAACGGAUCGGUAAGAAGAAAAUCUUGGAUUUAUACAAGGAGGAGCUGGAUAAAUUACAGCAGGAUACAGAACUCUGGGACAUAACGGAAAACAAGAAACCUUACCAAAUCAAAAAAUAUGAGGAUCUUUUUCCCCAUUCUCGUUCAACUGUGCGAACAGUUCUAACGAAAGGAAUUGCUGGUAUUGGCAAAACAUUUCAAACAAAGAGAUUCAUGGUUGACUGGGCAACAGGAAAAUCUAACAAGGAUAUUGACUUUAUAGUUCCACUUUGCUUUGGAGAAAGAAAAGAAGAUCAAAGCAUGAAUGAUUUGCUCAGUCAUUUCUUAGGUAGUGUUGAGGAAUCAAGAUCUUUCAGCUAUGAGAAUUAUAAAGUAGCUUUUGUCCUAGAUGGGUUGGACAAAUGUGACCUCACUUUAGACUUUGAAAAGAACGAGAAGCUUAGUGACAUGACGACGCCAGCUCCGAUGAAUGUGCUGCUGACAAACCUCAUCAAGGGAACUCUGUUCCCCUCUGCUCUUGUCUGGAUCAUCUCUCAACCCUCAGGAGUUGACAAGAUUCCUUCUGACUAUAUCAAUAGAGUGACAGAAUGCCAAGACUCUGAUGCCAAACAGAGACUUCAACACAUCGGUAAGAAGAAAAUCUUGGAUUUAUACAAGGAGGAGGAGCUGGAUAAAUUACAGCAGGAUUCAGAACUCUGGGACAUAACGGAAAACAAGAAACCUGACCAAAUCAAAGAAUAUGAGGAUCUUUUUCCUCAUUCUAGUUCAACUGUGCGAACAGUUCUAACGAAAGGAAUUGCUGGUAUUGGCAAAACAUUUCAAACAAAGAGAUUCAUGGUUGACUGGGCAACAGGAAAAUCUAACAAGGAUAUUGACUUUAUAGUUCCACUUUGCUUUGGAGAACUGAGGGAAAAAAGAAAAGAAGAUCAAAGCAUGAAUGAUUUGCUCAGUCAUUUCUUAGGUAGUGUUGAGGAAUCAAGAUCUUUCAGCUAUGAGAAUUAUAAAGUAGCUUUUGUCCUAGAUGGGUUGGACAAAUGUGACCUCAAUUUAGACUUUGAAAAGAACGAGAAGCUUAAUGACAUGACGACGCCAGCUCCGAUGAAUGUGCUGCUGACAAACCUCAUCGAGGGAACUCUGUUCCCCUCUGCUCUUGUCUGGAUCAUCUCUCAACCCUCAGGAGUUGACAAGAUUCCUCCUAAAUAUAUCAAUAGAGUGACAGAAUGCCAAGACUUUGAGACCAAACAGAGACUUCAACACAUCGGUAAGAAGAAAAUCUUGGAUUUAUACAAGGAGGAGGAGCUGGAUAAAUUACAGCAGGAUUCAGAACUCUGGGACAUAACGGAAAACAAGAAACCUGACCAAAUCAAAGAAUAUGAGGAUCUUUUUCCUCAUUCUAGUUCAACUGUGCGAACAGUUCUAACGGAAGGAAUUGCUGGUAUUGGCAAAACAUUUCAAACAAAGAGAUUCAUGGUUGACUGGGCAACAGGAAAAUCUAACAAGGAUAUUGACUUUAUAGUUCCACUUUGCUUUGGAGAACUGAGGGAAAAAAGAAAAGAAGAUCAAAGCAUGAAUGAUUUGCUCAGUCAUUUCUUAGGUAGUGUUGAGGAAUCAAGAUCUUUCAGCUAUGAGAAAUACAAAGUAGCUUUUGUCCUAGAUGGGUUGGACAAAUGUGACCUCAAUUUAGACUUUGAAAAGAACGAGAAGCUUAGUGACAUGACGACACCAGCUCCGAUGAAUGUGCUGCUGACAAACCUCAUCGAGGGAACUCUGUUCCCCUCUGCUCUUGUCUGGAUCAUCUCUCAACCCUCAGGAGUUCACAAGAUUCCUUCUGACUAUAUCAAUAGAGUGACAGAAUGCCAAGACUUUGAGACCAAACAGAGACUUCAACAGAUCGGUAAGAAGAAAAUCUUGGAUUUAUACAAGGAGGAGCUGGAUAAAUUACAGCAGGAUUCAGAACUCUGGGACAUAACGGAAAACAAGAAACCUUACCAAAUCAAAGAAUAUGAGGAUCUUUUUCCUCAUUCUCGUUCAACUGUGCGAACAGUUCUAACGAAAGGAUUUGCUGGUAUUGGCAAAACAUUUCAAACAAAGAGAUUCAUGGUUGACUGGGCAACAGGAAAAUCUAACAAGGAUAUUGACUUUAUAGUUCCACUUUGCUUUGGAGAACUGAGGGAAAAAAGAAAAGAAGAUCAAAGCAUGAAUGAUUUGCUCAGUCAUUUCUUAGGUAGUGUUGAGGAAUCAAGAUCUUUCAGCUAUGAGAAUUAUAAAGUAGCUUUUGUCCUAGAUGGGUUGGACAAAUGUGACCUCAAUUUAGACUUUGAAAAGAACGAGAAGCUUAAUGACAUGACGACGCCAGCUCCGAUGAAUGUGCUGCUGACAAACCUCAUCAAGGGAAAUCUGUUCCCCUCUGCUCUUGUCUGGAUCAUCUCUCAACCCUCAGGAGUUGACAAGAUUCCUUCUGACUAUAUCAAUAGAGUGACAGAAUGCCAAGACUCUGAUGCCAAACAGAGACUUCAACGGAUCGGUAAGAAGAAAAUCUUGGAUUUAUACAAGGAGGAACUGGAUAAAUUACAGCAGGAUACAGAACUCUGGGACAAAACGGCAAACAAGAAACCUUACCAAAUCAAAAAAUAUGAGGAUCUUUUUCCUCAUUCUCGUUCAACUGUGCGAACAGUUCUAACGAAAGGAAUUGCUGGUAUUGGCAAAACAUUUCAAACAAAGAGAUUCAUGGUUGACUGGGCAAGAGGAAAAUCUAACAAGGAUAUUGACUUUAUAGUUCCACUUUGCUUUGGAGAACUGAGGGAAAAAAGAAAAGAAGAUCAAAGCUUGAAAGAUUUGCUCAGUCAUUUCUUAGAGGAAUCAAGAGUUUUCAGGUAUGAGAAGUACAAAGUAGCUUUUGUCCUAGAUGGGUUGGACAAAUGUGACCUCACUUUAGACUUUGAAAAGAAGGAGAAGCUUACUGACAUGAUGACGCCAGCUCCGAUGAAUGUGCUGCUGACAAACCUCAUCGAGGGAACUCUGUUCCCCUCUGCUCUUGUCUGGAUCAUCUCUCAACCCUCAGGAGUUGAAAAGAUUCCUUCUGACUAUAUCAAUAGAGUGACAGAAUGCCGAGAGAGCUCAGUACGGCGGAAAGAACUGGUAUCAGACCUGAGAAAAAGAUUUCUUCAAGAAAACAAAGAUGGGAGUGAAGAUGAAAUCAAUCAUCCUAACCAGAAAAACACAGAACACAUCAUCAAAGAAAUCAGUGUUGGUGAGAACGCCGAUGAUGAGGAAUGUGAAGAGGCCAUGGCAAAAUCCAAGAAACUAGUCAAUGCACCCUCUGAUAUCUUUAAGAAGAGAAGACAAGCAAUGAUGUCUUUCUUCCUAAGAGAAAAAAUGAGAACUGUGCUGACAGUUGGAGAAGCCAACGUUGGAAAAUCCUUUCAUGUGAAGGGAUUCCUUAGAGCAUGGGCUGAAAACAAAAUAGAUGAUGUUGAAGUUGUAUUCCCACUUGACUUCUCAAAGCUCAACUUGAUAAAAAACGAAGUCAGUUUGGUGGGACUUCUUCAUCACUUCUUUGAGGAAACCAAAAAAUCUGUAAUCUCAGAUUAUGCACGGUUCAAAACUGUUUUUGUCUUAGAUGGCUUUGAUGCUUAUGAACACAGUCUGGACUUUGAGAAAAAUGAGAUCUUGAAGGAUGUCAGACAACCAGCCUCGGUCAACAGACUGUUAACAAAUCUCAUCAAAGGACAACUGCUCCCUAAAGCAAGAGUUUGGAUAACCUCCCGACCAUCAGCUGUUAAAAAGCUGCCAGAUGACUGCAUUGACAGGAUGACAGAAAUACAGGAGAAGCCAGAUAUUGCAAGUCAACGGAAACUCAAAACUAAUCUACAGGAGCGUUUUACCUUUGUGUCUGAGGGGAUUGACGGGCAGAACAAAUCCCCCCAAUCCUCUCUUCUUAAUGAGAUCUACACGGACCUCUACAUCAUAGAUGGGGACAGAAGGGAAGUCGAUGCUAAAGCUGAAGGUAAACUAGUUGAAGAUGCAAAAUUCAAGCAAGAAGAAACACCUAUCAAAUGCUGCGACAUCUUCAAAUCCGAAUCUGAUAAUAAACGCAUCAAAACUGUGCUGACGAUAGGAAUAGCAGGCAUCGGAAAAUCAUUUGCUUCUAUGAAGUACAUGCUGGACUGGGCUGAGGGCAAAACAAACUGGGCUGAGGGCAAAGCAAAGGAACAUAUUUAUUACACAUUCCCACUACCUUUCCGCGAGCUGAAUCUAAGAAAAGAGAAAGAAUUAAGUUUUGAGGAACUUCUCUAUCAGUUCUUUCCAUGUAUGGAGACCUCAGAAAUAAGUGACUUCAACAUGUACAACAUUCUAGUUGUUCUGGAUGGCCUUGAUGAAUGUCGCCUUGAUCUUGAUUUCACUGAAAACAAUUAUUUGAAAGAUGUGACAGAGAAAACAUCAGUGAAUGUUCUCCUGAGAAACCUCAUCCAGGGAAAUCUGCUGCCUGAAGCUCAGAUCUGGAUCACUUCCCGACCCGCAGCAUCCAACAAGAUUCCAGCUGGUAAAAUUGACCGGAUGACAGAAGUACGAGGAUUCAAUGAUGAGCAAAAAGAAGUGUAUUUCAGGAAAAGGUUCAGUGAUGAGGCUCUGGCUGAAAAAAUCCUGACACAUGUGAAGAAAUCCAGAAGCCUUUUUAUCAUGUGUCACAUCCCUGUUUUCUGUUGGAUCACCUCAACAGUUCUUGAGGAGGUUGUGAACCUAGAACAAGAAGAGGGGCUGCCCAAGACCCUGACUGACAUGUACGCACAUUUCCUUCGUCUGCAGUGCAGGCAAAGCAAGGUUAAGUAUUCUGAAUGUGAGAAAGGGAAGGGCUUGGAGUCAUGCUGGAAAACGCAAAACAAAGAAACGAUCCUGUCUCUGGGAAAACUGGCUUUUGAGGAGUUAGUCAAGGGCAACCUUCUCUUUACAGAAGAAAAUUUGACAGAAUGUGGUAUUGACAUUACCAGAGCUGCAGUUUACUCUGGGCUGCUCUCCCAGGUCAAGCGAGAAGGCCAUGGGCUUUUCCCGGAGAAAUUCUUCUGCUUCGUCCAUCUGAGCAUUCAGGAGUUCCUGGCUGCUCUCUACGUCUAUCACACAUUCAGUGACAAAGGGGAAAAUCUGCUUGCUGAACCAGUGGUCUCAGGCUUGCAUCCAUCAGACUUCUACAAGCAAGCAGUGGACAAAGCUUUAGGGAACGCACAUGGAGAGUGGGAUCUGUUUCUCCGCUUUCUUCUCGGCCUCUCUCUUGACACGAAUCAGGAUCUUCUCAGGGAGUUGCUACAAAAGAUGAAAAACAAUGAAAAAACUAACAAGGAAACAGCUGAGUACAUCAAGGGGAAGAUAGAUGAAAACAAAUGUGACCCAGAUAAAAACGUGAAUCUCUUCCACUGUCUGAACGAGCUGAAUGACCACACUCUUGUUGCAAAAGUCAAAGAGUACCUCCAGUCAGACCAGAAGUUUGAAGCUUUCACUCCCUCACAGUGGUCAGCUCUGACUUAUGUUCUGUUGAUGUCAGAUGAGAAGCUUGAUGUCUUUGACCUCAAGAAGUACCUGAGAUCAGAACAUGUGCUUCUUGGAAUGCUGCCAGUGGUCAAAGUCUCACAAACUGCCCUGCUGAGUUGGUGUGAACUCACUGAAAAAUGUUGCAGUGGUUUGAAAUCCUCUGUUCUCUGCUCUGCAUCUUCAAACCUCACGGAGCUGGACCUGAGUCAUAAUGAUCUUCUGGAUUCAGGUGUGGAGCAGGUUGCAGAAGGUCUCAAGAGUAUACACUGUAAACUAGUAGCUCUCAAGUUGUCAGGUUGUCAGGUGUCAAAAGAAGGCUGUGCUUUCCUGGCAUCAGCUCUGAAAUCUAACGCAGCCUCCAACCUGAAUCACCUCAAUCUGAGUUACAAUCAUCCUGGAGACGAUGGAAAGAUGCUUCUCUCUGCCAUCGUUGAUGACCCAAAUACAAAGCUGGAGAGACUGUGUUUCGACCACUGUGGAGAACAUCGGUUAAAGCCAGGGAUGCAGAAAUACGACCCAGUUCUGACGCUUGAUGAAAACACAGCAAGCAGACGGCUUUUUCUGUGUGACGCCAACAGGAAAGCGGCAGUGGAAUUCAUGCUCAGAGAUGUUAAACAACCUGAAAACAAGAACAGGUUUAAGAGGACACAGGUGCUUUGUGACAAGGGCUUGAACUGCCUCAGCUACUGGGAAGUGGAAUGGGAGGGGGAAGUCGGGAUUGCUGUGGCAUAUGUAGGAGUAAGUAGGUCGUUGGACAGCAGCGGUGGCUUUGGAACCAAUGAAAAGUCCUGGAGUCUAGUAUGCUCCGAAGCUGGAGGCAUUGCCAGGGUUGGUAAGGAGGCAAAACGUAUUGAACAUAUGCCAUGCAAGAAAAUAGGAGUGUUCCUGGACUGGGAGGCUGGAGAACUGAUGUAUUACAAUGUUUCAUCAGAAGGACUGAGCCUCAUCCACACAGUCAAGCACAGAUUUACAGAACCCGUCUUCCCGGGCUUCUGGGUUCAGAGGGGCUCCGUCACUUUGUGUGACAUAUCAACUCAAGGAUUCAAACCAGUUUAACUUUCUGUACUCAACUCAAUUCUCAAUUUUAUUUACAAAGCACUUAAAAAAAACAACACAGUUGGCCAAAGUGCUGAACACCGAGAGAAUUGAAAAGAAAGGAAGGAGACUGAAAACAAACCUCAUAAACGGAGAAACAAAUUACAAUUUGAAAGGAUAAAGUCAACAUCCACACUGGAUAACAAGCCAAAGGAAUAAAAGAUACAAAUAUGGGAGAGAUAGAGAGUGAUAGCCUAGCAGUUACAGAGGUUGGGCUUGGGUCUGGAGGACUUCUAGUCCCUGGGAUCUCAACUGAGGUUAACCACUGCAGGCUCCUGAGCAAGGCCCUUCACAGUAAUUGCUCCCUGGGUUCCCUCUGCUCCUAGUCUAACCAGUGACCAGUGAUGGGUUAAAAGAGGACUUAUUUCAAUGUAUUUUGUAUUUUUGUAUACUGACCAAAAAUUUACAUUUACCUAGAAUUAAAACCAUAAUGACAUAAGAUACAAUACAAUAACUU